AAUGUCAUUCAUUCUAUGGCAGCAACUUCCAGUUGCCAGUCAUUUUUUUUCCUGAGUGGAGAAGCACUUCCUUUUUCUAUCUGUAAUCUUCCUCUUAUCAGCCUCAAGCUUCCUGCAGCAGUUCGUGAUGGAGUGCACGGCCCUGGAGAGCCUCAUCGAGAUGGGCUUCCCCCAUAACAGAGCAGAGAAGGCACUGGCCCUGACGGGGAACCAGGGCAUUGAACCCGCGAUGGAUUGGCUGAUGGAACAUGAGAACGACCCUGACCUAGACGAUCCAUACGUACCACCCCAGGGCCAUGUGCUGAGCCCCGAGGAGCCUCCUGAGGGAAGGACGCCUGAGGUGGUAGAAGGUGGAACAGAUCCAACGUUAGAGGAGUUAGCUGAGGAAGAUAACCGGCGCCCUCUGAGUGAAGAAGAGAAACGGGAGCAGACAAAGAGGAUGAUGGAGCUGAUCUCUCAGAAGCAGCGGGAGCGAGAGGAGCGGGAGAAACGGGAGAGCAUCGAGCGGGAGAAGCAGCGCCGGAAGCAGGGCCAGGAGCUCUCCCUCAUCCGCCAGAAGCUGCAGGAGGACGAGAUGAAGAAGCUGGCGGAGGACAGGCGCAAGGAGAAGAUGGAGGAGAAGCUGGCCAAGCAGCGUGUGCGAGAGAAGAUUGAACGUGACAAGGCUGAGAGAGCCAAGAAGUUCGGUGGCUGCAGCAGCUCUUCCCAGGCAUCCACCCCGCCCGAGCCAAUCGCCCCCGCACCGGUUCCCUCCUCACCUAGCCAGGAGCCCCCUGUCAAGCGAGAGUACGACCAGUGCAGGAUACAGGUGAGGCUGCUGGACGGGACGUCGCUCACGCAGACCUUCAGAGCCAAAGAGCAGCUGGCGGCCGUCCGGCUCUACGUGGAGCUGAAAAAGGACGGUGGCGAGGAGCCCUUCAUCCUCCUCACGAGCUUCCCUCGGCGCGUCUUCACCGAGGAAGACAUGGAGAAGCCCUUGCAGGAGCUGGGUCUGGUGCCUUCAGCUGUGCUGAUCGUUGCCAAGAAAGGGAACAGCUGAAAAGGGACCCCCCCCUUUGCACGUCUCAACCUCGGUCUCAGCCCUCCUUCCUUUGCCGCUGCCGGAGGUGAACCUCUCCUUCCCUCGUGCUCCACCUCUGGGGGGCUACCUCACAGCCCCCCACCACCACCACCUUGGUUUUCCAACCGGCUCUGCCCGCAAAGACUCCAAGAGCAGCGCUAUCAUUCGGGCUGGGAUUCAGAAUCGACGACGCUUGGAGGCGGGAGGGGUGGGAGGGGGGGUUGGGGCCCCUCCCGGCCUCUUGGUGCGGAGGGGCAGCGUUGCAACUUGGCUGCCCUGGCGGGGGGGAGGA